AUGGACCCAAUAACGGCACUGCACGCAGCCAUCUUGCAGACUGUACGAAAGAUUCCAUCCACAGAUGACUAUUAUGCAAAUGAUAAUGAUGAUGACGAUGCUCCUCCUCAUGCUGAUGAUGUUGACAACGACAAUAGCAGUACAAGCAGUGUCAGCUUCAAUGAUACUCAUCCUAUUCCGAUCGACGCUCGAACCGGCCUCCCCAGUAUCGUUGCAGAUGCUCUGACACGGCCUCCGACCAUUUCCACACCCACCAUUUCCACAGCCAUGUCUGCAGAUUCCUCCUUUUUGCCACCCAUGGGAGGAAUCAGUCGCCGAGAUUCCUUGGAAGUCCGAUACCAUUUAGAAGACGAAGCCAAAAAUCAACUAACGCAAUUCAAUCAAACCUUGCGCCAGCAAAUGUUGGCCAUCCAACAAGAAAACGAACGAUUGCAACGGCAAAUGGCCAUCCAGAACAAGGAACAUCGAUUUGCCAAGGCCCAAUGGAACGAUCGGUUUUUGGAUUUGCAAGUAGAAUUGGAUGCUACUAAGUUGGAACAUUUGCGAAUCCAAGAAGCCAAAGAGGAUGCCAUACUCCAACUGGAAUUGGAAGAUCUCAAGAAUCAAAUGGUACUAAAUGGAGAUUAUGACGACGACGAAGGUACAAGUAGUCAUGCGGGCGACGAUUACGAAGAAGAAGAAACCAAACAACAACAAACACCGACCGCCAUUGCACAUAAUAGUGCAGUUGAUGCAAUAACUGUACAAAGCCAACAUUUUGCGAUUAUUCCACCGAGACAGAAUGGUGAUUUAAAACUAGUAGAUACCACAGGUGCCGCCAGCAAUCAAGCGUUGCAACAACAACAACAACAACAACAGCAGGCAAUACUACUCCAAAACUUGAAAUCCGAGCAAUCCAUCUGGAAACAAGAAAAGCAAGAAUGGGAAUUGGAAAAGUCCCAAUUACGCACAUUGUUACGCAAGAUGACGGAUCAAGUCGAGGAUAGUCGGAUUCGCGUGGAAUGGUUGGAACGAGAAUUGAUUGCCAUUUGUCCCUCCGAUACGGAUUCGGACAAUGAUAAGGAUAAUGAAGAAGAAGAAAAUAAUAGUGGCGGUUCCAAAGUAGUGAAGGAGCCACGAGAUGGGGUUGGCAAUAAGGGCGUGAAUGGAAGCGAUAUCAGUGCGGCAAGCACCAAAAAGAGUGGGAAACCUGUUGAGGCAAUUCAACAAAUCUCCCAAGGUUCAGCUGAAAGCAGCGCUAGAGUCACUAUUCAAAGCAGAUCCAGCAGUGGUCUCGGUGACGAUCCACCCGAGCAAUUGCUAGAACGCCGCCUCCAACAAGCAUUGGAAUCCUAUGUUCAAAUUCAAGGCCAUCAGAAUCGCAAGAUCAAAAAGCUGACCAAGCAAUUGCACUCGUUGGAAAAGGAAAAAGAAAUGGACGAAGGAAUGCAAUAUCAACAAAUGGCGGAGAUGAAGCAACAGAUAUCCUACUAUAAACAUGAAUUGCAACAGCACAAAAAGACAUUGCAGUUUCAAGUACACAGUCGGGAUGAGUUUCAUGACGAAUGGACGCGGCGGAUUGAAACACUGGAAUUGGAAAACUUGGAUUUGAAACAGCAAGCUAUAAAAUGGGAGAAGCAAUGUAUGCAUCAAACGGGGCUGUUGAAACGAGAGGUCGCUUCGUUGCAAGACAAGCUGGAUCAAGGUUCGAAACGAAUCGAGGAAUUGGAACAGGAACUGGCAGAGAAAUUGAAGAUAGAGAAAACGAUGCACUACGUCGUGACAGAAUCCAUGUCUUCGCGGGAUCCGGUCGCAGAAGUGGAUGCCAUAAUUACAUUGCAGCUAGCGCAAAGCAAGGAACGGGAAGCAAUGUUGGAGAAGCAACUUAAGGAUCGAAAUGAAAAAUUGAAAACACAAGAAGAGGAACUGGAUCGAUCUCGAGAGCGAAUUGAAGUGUUAAUGGCCUACGCUGGCAUGGAUGCUUCAAAUGAUGAUGGGGAAGAAGGGGAACUAUAA